ACACUACGCAAGAGCAAGAUGGCUGACACGGCGGCCGGGCCUGGUGGCUCCGGAACGAGACCGGGAAGUAAGCAAUCCACUAACCCUGCUGAUAACUACCAUCUGGCCCGGAGGAGGACCCUGCAAGUGGUUGUGAGCUCCUUGCUGACAGAGGCGGGAUUUGAGAGUGCCGAGAAAGCGUCUGUGGAGACACUGACAGAGAUGCUGCAGAGCUACAUCUCAGAAAUCGGGAGAAGUGCUAAGUCAUACUGUGAGCACACAGCCAGGACCCAGCCCACACUGUCGGACAUCGUGGUCACAUUGGUUGAAAUGGGCUUCAAUGUUGACACUCUACCUGCCUAUGCAAAACGGUCUCAGAGGAUGGUCAUCACUGCACCUCCAGUGACCAAUCAGCCAGUGACCCCCAAGGCCCUCACUGCAGGGCAGAACCGGCCCCACCCGCCACACAUCCCCAGCCAUUUUCCUGAGUUUCCGGAUCCCCACACCUACAUCAAAACUCCGACAUACCGUGAGCCAGUGUCUGACUACCAGAUCCUUCGGGAGAAGGCCGCAUCUCAGAGACGAGACGUGGAGCGAGCACUCACCCGCUUCAUGGCCAAGACAGGCGAGACCCAGAGUCUUUUCAAGGAUGAUGUCAGCACUUUUCCUUUGAUCGCUGCCAGACCGUUCACCAUCCCCUACCUCACGGCCUUGCUUCCUUCUGAGCUGGAGAUACAGCAGAUGGAAGAGACCGACUCCUCGGAGCAGGAGGAGCAAACAGAUACAGAGAACAACGCUCUUCAUAUCAGCACGGUGGGUCCUCCCCUUCUGCCUGCCUCACAGCAAUCCCAAAACAGCCUGUCCCACAUCCUGCCCCUGCCCCUAGGAACUGAACAGGGCCUUCCCCAGGUCUCUGGCUGGCUGUUACAAGCUUGCAUGAUGGGCUGUGUGUCCAGUCUCCAUCAUGAGACACACCUCCUGGGGAGUCACACAUUCAGCAGAUGGUGAACGAGCACUGUAAGGUCCAGACCCUGGUCCUGGUCUGAGGAACUAGUGUGGAGCAAGACAGAUAAAGCCCCGCCUUCAGGAACUAAAGAGACUAGAGAUGGAGCUGUGGAGGUGGUGGGGGAUUACAGGUGACAUUUGGGUAAAGACCUGAAGAGACUAACGCCUGCCCUGCUCAUCUCUGGAGUUUCCAGGCAGGGGACAGAGCACAUGCAGGGCCAGCCUGAGGUAGAGGGAGCUAACUCCUGGUACCUCCUUCUGUGUUAGACUGCAGACUCACACUUCCAUACUACAAAGUACAAUAAAAGACUGUUACUGGCACUUGUUACUAUUCUGGUAGCCUGCAAAAUGUAAUCGUGUUAGAAUCCUGGUCCUGCCUCUGCCUGCUCUGUGCUGGGAUUAUAACCCAGUCACAUCUCACUCUGACCAGUUUAAACUGCCCCCUUGUGUCCUGAUGUGAGGUGUCUCUCACGCCCUUGAGCGUAAGGAGCGAGGUGUUUAGAGCCAGUGCUGUUCUGUUCUGUUCUCUUCUGUCGUGUGAACUGGCUCUCGUGCAGGCAGCCUAGAAGUUUAACCUUUUCCUCUCUUAUGAGAAAUCUUAGCAAUCAUGUACUCAGUAAACAUGGGUUGGCAGUGAGCAUGUGUCUGCCCGGGAUACAGCAGUGACCCCAGUAUAUAAAACCUCUGCCCCCCCUUGAAAAACCUUAAAAAAAAAACAAACAAAACAAGCAAAAACAAAAAACCCCUCUGCUCCCGAGAGCCUGUGAAAUCAUCCCUUACACGUAACUCAAGACGAAACGGUUCGCGGUGAGGAUGGAGCCUUUGCUUCCGAUAACAGCACACCCAGGGAGGACCAAGCAGAGGCUUGAAGGAGAGAGGAGAGCCGAACCAUCACUGCCGUCAAGGGCCAGAGCAACAUCAGUGGUUGGGAUGGAAAGACAGGGAAGGGAAGAGGAAGGGAGGGCUGCUGGGAUGGGCCCGCUGCUUCAGGAGCUGGGAGCAGAGUUGCAGAGGAGCACCGAGCCAGGGAGGGACACUUGCCAACUUCUGCAAGCAUCGUUGAUGGCUACGAUGACGGUGGGCCCCAGUCACAGGGAUGUAGGCCAGGGACAAGUGUGGGUCCCUCUCCUCAGGUGGCCACAGCAGAGGCAGUGCAAAUGCUCUCUUUGUAUCGAUAAGUAAAGCCAAGAGGAUGACCUAGCAGAUGGGAGAUGUGGCAGAAAAGAAACAAGUGUGGCUGCAGAACUCAUCAGCUCCAGGCGCCUGAAGGGUGGUGGCUUGUCCCCACAGCAGGAAGAGUCAGGUAGGGCACCCAAGGAAAGCUGACGCACGUUGAUGUGCGGUGCCUGUGAGAUGCUUGUACAAAGCAUUUGAUCUGGGAACUGGUGGUGGCACAGACAGGUUGCAGUUGGAGUCCUCAGUGUGGAAGCGGAAGCCAUAGCUGGGGGACAGAUAGGGUUGUUGGUGCCUCCACGCCGGCCCUGGCUUGAGGCUACCUGUGUCUGAAGGGGCAAAUCGUAGCAGUAGCGUUUCUACAAGCUGUACUCCAUAGAGAGACACAACAUCUAAAUUGUGGGCCCUCCAUGUCGCUCUCACCGAUUGUUUGAGGUACAAUUGAGGCAGCCUUUGAGUAACUUUGGGGUUUGGAUGUGGAAGGGUGGUGGACUGAGGACAUGGUAGGCAGUCCUCUGUUAGGCCCAUAAGAACACAGGAUGGCUGCUUGUUUUGUUUUGUUUUGUUUUUAAGAUUUAUUUAUUUGUUAUAUGUAAGUACACUGAGGCGGUCUUCAGACACACCAGAAGAGGGCAUCAGAUCUCAUUACAGAUGGUUGUGAGCCACCAUGUGUUUGCUGGGAUUUGAACACAGGACUUCCCAGAGAGCUGUCAGUGCUCUUAACUGCUGAGCCAUCUGAGCGGGGGUCAGAUAGGCCUUUCCCAUACCUGACACAUCAGCGUGGUUGCUCUUAUAGAGACAGGCCUGGAGUGGGGAGUCAGCGGACCUUCCCCAUACCUGGUGCAACAGUGUGGUUGCUCUUAGGCUCUGGUUUUGAAGAGGGACUCUGCGGUGGUUUUAGUGUGGAGGACUCGAGCACAUUACUGAAUGGGGAUGGCUUUGCAGGGAGAUGACAGUUAAUGAAUAGUGAGGAGAUGUUGCAAAACCUAGAAGCCAUACAGAGUGUUACGGCCCAGUAAGCCGGAGACUGGUGUCUGUACCCCAGCCCAACUGUCCCUUGAGAUAAAGCCUCUAUUCAUACUUUUUUUUUGCCAUCUGGUCACGUAUGAAGGUGUCCUGGUUGGGGUCUGAGGCCUCCUUUAAACUCUCAGUUCCUCCAGGGCACCCGUGGUGUGUCACUGGGAGGCGCUGCAGGUCAGCUUUUGGUCACGGCGUGCACAGCCUGGUCAGGCUCUGGGUGUGGUGGUCCAUGCCCUGGCUCUGCUACCACUGCUCAAUAAAGAAGUACAGAAACAAAGCUGGAAGCCAGAGUGUGGGGGCUGGGGAGAGCAUACACAUGAUAAGGAAAGGGGAGUCAGUCACCCAGGCGUCCAGCAGUGUUUCUAAUGAAGCCAUGGACUCGGCUUUGCCUUGUCAAGCUCCACUUCAGGAUUCCAGAAAGUUCUUGAAUAUGCUGAAAUAUGGUCAUUGGCUCUUUGUUCCAAGUGCCAGAAAUGAGAGAUUUGGGGGAGAUGUAUUAGACCUAUGUUAGUUGGGGCCUAGGAGACAGACAACCUGUGCACUGAAUGUCCUGGCCCUCCUGUGUCCCUUAUACCAAGAUACCCAUGGUUACGCCCUUUCCUCAUCCCAGUGCAUUAGACUUCCUCCCUGAAGCAUGUAAAUUCUAACCUCCUAGGUCUCCAUUCUUUAUGUCCCCACCUUCUGAAGAUGUCAAAGACCCUGGAGUGUAUCACUUUGUCAGAGUUCACAGUUUCACUGUCCAGGUCUCAUCGAGGCAGGCAGAUAUGGCAGCACUGGGAAGGCGGUGCUCUUGUCUCCUCAUAUCUCAUUAGACACCAGAGUGGCUCUUGUCCCGGGCACAGUCUCCUUCCUCACGCCACUGGUAUUCUGCUUUAUUCCGGCUUUUGCCCAAAGGACGAUUCCGGAGCUGAGAAGGAGAGCGCUUCUGUUCUGCAGCAGAGCUCCUCCUUGUCCGGCAGCCGGAAUGGCGAGGAGAGCGUCAUCGAUAACCCCUAUCUGCGGCCCGUGAAGAAGCCCAAGAUCCGUAGGAAGAAGUGAGUGGGGGCUGGCUCCAGCCCGCUCCAGCCUGCUUGUCUGCUCCUUGGUAGGAAUAGGCUGCCCAGUGGGUGCAGCUUGCUGGGCACUGCUCGGGCAAGAGGAAGGCUUCCUCUGCUUCUCUUCCUUGGCUCCCACGCGUACCCGCUUCUCUCUAGUGGCUGUGUCCUGCCAGCUGUAGGCUGCUCGUGCCUGGGAGAACAGGAGGGGCCCACAGCAGCCUCUGUGGUUCUUCUUCUUUCUAGGUCCCUCUCGUGACCCGAGAAGGAAGCUGCCCUGUAAAGGAGAGAACACGCUUCCCUGGGGAGUGAAAUCACGGAGGGAAGAGGAGGGUGGCGUCCUUCUGGCCUGGGCCAGGCUGUGUCAUUUUAGUAGCAGCUUUGUGUGAAGACAGCCUGUUGUGCUUGACUGUGAAUGGAGGAAAUGUGGUGCGGUAAAGGACGGUUCCGUCCCCUUGGCCGUGCUGCUGCAACUGUGCCGGGGACUGCUGGUGACUCCAUUGAUCAAUCAUGGGACUUGAUUCGUUUGGAACCUGGAGGGCCAGGGAAGAGGCAGAACGACGCCUAUGGCUCUGUGCCCUGCCGAGAAGGCGGCCAUGUGUACCUUCCAGCCCUCUUGGAUCCCUCUCGCUGAUAUAAAUGCAGAGAGGUCUCACUUCUCACCUGGACCCCAAGGUUCCUGCUGAGUGGAUUGAAAAUGACUAUGUAUCUCAUUGUGUUGGAAACAGGCCCACAGCCCACCUUGGAUCUAGGGCUGCCAGGAGCUAGGAACAAAGGUGUCAGGAUCAAUCAAUGACAGUGGCCAUGGGGUAGCCUUGAUCUCUGACCAGCAUUUGAUUAAAGCUGACCACAGUGGAGUCAAACCAAUCCUGUGGCUUCAAAAGGAGCCAUGGACUUAAAGCACCGUGAAGAGUACUUAGCAGGUAGGAGAGGACUAAGCCUAGCUGUGAAAUGCAGCUCUGGUAGAAAGCUACGUGCCCACCUGCUGGACGGAGGGGGUGAGAAGACCCUGCUGAGACCCUCCACCCCACCCCACACUUCCCCCUAAUCAUGAAUCUUCGUGCCUCUAAGGAAGGAUGACAGGGACACAUGGAAAUUGACACAACGUGGAUAAGUUGUCCUUGGGUUGGAAUGCCUCCUCCAUCCUGACGGCUGCUGCUGCUUCUGCUACUGCAGUCUUGCUCAUUUUCUCUCCCCACCCCUCCUGUUUCAGAGAUAGGCUCUCUCUGUAGUCCAGGCUAUCCCAGAAUUCAGUGUGUAUCCCAGGCUCAGUGCCUUCCUGCCACCUGCUGCAGGUAUAGGUGCAGGCCACCAUGCUUGGCUUCCAGGCAGCUGGUAGAGGCUCCACCUUCCCCGCUGAUUCUCUGGAGGGAAAGAGCUCUGUGUCUGGAAUUGGAGGACAAGAAAUGUCGAGAAAGUGAGCUUCCUCAGCUCCGGACCAAACAGGACUAUUUCCGUCGUGACUCAGAACUUCCAGGACCUGUGUGGCUCCCGAGAGCUUGUGGUAGACUUGGCUACUCUGGGCGAGUCAGCUGAAAUCCAGUCAAGGUCAGACAGGAGCGAUCACACCUUGCUGUUCCCGAUGUGACUAGCGAGCACAUCUGUAAUUCCAGCACCAUUGUCACUGGCGUUGGGAACAGUGUGCAAGGUGGGGGUGGGAGGGGCUCUUGCCUGUGACCUCAGAACUGCGGUGCAGUCUCUCUCUAGGAAGAGAGAUUUUGUGUUAAAGCAUAUAAUUCUCAAUGUGUAUUUAUAUAUUUCUAUUUUUUAUAAUGGGGGAGACUUAUUGGAAGGAGAAAUGAAGUGUGAUUUAUGGGAGGCCUGUAAUAAAAAUUCAUAAUAAAAACUUUGUAAAUGACUCAGACAUAGGGCCUCUCAAAUGGUAGGCAAUGAAGCACUGUACCCAGCUUUUCCUGUGACUUGCUUUAAACACGUUUUCUGCAUGCUGAGUGGUGGUAGCACAUACCUGCAAUCCCAGUAUUUGGGAUACUGAGUUCAAGACCAGCCUGGAUUAUAUAGUAAGUAAGCCCCAGCCUCAAACCCAGAACAAGUUGUUAGUGUUCAUUUGUUUGUUUUUAAGAAUUUUAAAUUUU